AUGGCAUCCCUCCAUGCUCGACAUUGUCUUCUGGGUUGUCUACACGGCGACCCAAUCCGUCCUGUCGUCACGCUGGCUACCCAAACUCUUCCCGCUAUUGAGGCCCCUCAUCCUCUCUUCCCCCGCCGCUUCCAGUCCUCGUUGACUCCCCCAUAUACCAACGACCUCAAGUCAGAACGCUCAUGGUUGCCGCGGGGUGGCCAAGGGGGCUGUGACGACGUUUAUACUACGUCGAGUCUACCCACUGAAUCACAAAGGACCCAGCAAACAACCACCCCGCACAUGUCGCCCGUCCAGUCGUAUCCACCAAUGCAUCCUCCAUAUAGGAGCCCACGGGAGCCCCCAGCGAAUCCUCCCGUCUCACUCCCGCCACUGCGUCAGCUUUCCAUGACACCACCCACUCCCUCUGCCAGGAAUGGCAGCUCCCUUGGCGUUCACUCUAUCCUCAACCCUCAGGCCGAAGUGGCUGAGCAGCAGCAGCAACAAGGCUCAAGACGUAGCCUUUCUCGCUUGGAAUCGUCAUCUCCAGUCGACACGCAUCACUCACAGAGUCUGCCGUCCAUUAGCCGACCAAAUAGUGUCGACUCAGUAUUGUCUACCCGCGAAGAGCAAAACCUCCCCAGGCUAUUCCAGCCCCCAGGGAGACCUCCGAUGCGGCCCUCGCUGCAUGACAAAGGCAUCAAGAACCACACCAUUAGCAGACUCAAUCCCCCCACGGGCACAAUAGACGCCCAACAAUCACCCUUCUUGACGGCAAGCACACGCCCAUCCGAGGUGGUGAUGCCGCAGCACUCGGCUCUACCUACACCACCUGCCGCAGGUCGAACCCACUACUUUCCACCCACCGCUCCAACCCCACCCCCCAACGUGAGCCGCCCAGAUGUACACCGACCCAAUGUAAGCUUUCCUCAGUCGGGCAGUGCAAGCCCCAUUGCCCAGUACUCCCCAUAUAGCCAGCCGGCUUCGGUGGCAUCUACCCAAUACGACAACCACAGCACCCAGGGACAAUAUGGUCCUGGAAGCAUUGUGAUGCACGAUGCCCGCCAAGGGCCCUCGUCAAUUGAUGGCGACCGCACUAGCAUGAUUGCCAUGGCUCCUUCGAGCCAGAGCAGCAUCCAGCUCAUGACCAUUAAGAGUCAGCACGGACCACCUCGCCAAAUCCCCGUAGAAACACAGACUGCGUCCAAGGGCGCCGACGAAAAGCGAAGGCGCAAUGCCGGUGCGUCUGCUCGCUUCCGAGCCCGACGAAAAGAGAAGGAACGAGAGGCUUCGAUGAGCAUCUCAAGGCUGGAGCAAAGCGUGCGCGACGCCAACGAGGAUGCAGCCUUUUACCGUGAAGAGCGUGAUUACUGGAGGUCAUUGGCAUUGCAGUCGCAUCCCGAGAGGAACCAUGGCCGGCCUCAGUCACCUCGGCUGAGACGCGCAUCCGCCGAUCCGUCGCGAGCGCCGUCUUGCACGACUGGACAUGGCUCCGAGGCGUCUUUUGACGGAUACGACGACGAGUCCCGAGAGGAGGAACAGCGCAACGUGCGAAGGAGGACAAACAGCUACCACCCGGCACUGGGCUCUCAUCAAGUUGACGGUCCUUCGCCCAGCCACGACAGUCGGGCGUAUCCGCUAGGGGGAUAUGGGCCGACGACUCACACAUCGCCCCAAGGGCAGCCAGGUCAGGUGGCAGGUCUUCAGCACCCGUCGCCAGAACGACCGCUGUACCGGGAUUCGUUUGGCGCAGAGGCGGGUCGAUAUGAGCAUCGCGCGUGGGCGUCUGAACAGACCAAGGGACGGGCGCAGUAAGCAAACAGGGCGAAUAGCAGGCGGCUGUUUGUUGUUGCAUGGGGGGUUGUUUCAAGCUUGUGGAAUUUUGCAGGCGUUAAUAUGCGUUAUACCCAUUGGUCUUCUCGCCACCAAGUUAUUUUUUUUGUUUUUGUUUUUUUUGAAAUCUUUUCUCACACAUGUUGAAUUAUUGGACGACUACAAGAGUGCAUCUAGAUUAUCAGGCCUCCACAGGCAAUGUUGGCAUCAUUAUCACCACAUCAUCAGAGCGAGGAAAGAAUUGUAUACGAUUUGUUGUUGCUG